UUUGCUACUCCUCCUCAAGUAGCCCCCUACCAGCAACGAGAUCCCUCCUGUAUCAAGUUGCUGUUAGCACCGGGGCGCGCCUACAGCCCCAAGCACAAUGCCAAGUAGCAGCGGAAAAACGGAAGAUCUGACGCUACAUCGCUCAUCACAGCGGAAAACGAAAAAAUGUCGGACGCUACAUCGCUCCCAACUGACGUCGAAAAAAGGGCAAUCUACCAAAUCGCAGGGAGAGGUGCCCCCCCAAACACCUGUACAUCAGAGGUAGACCAAGCAGCAUUCAACCGCAAACAGUUGUUCAGCAAUCUUGUAGGUGGGCCGAAGAUUGAUGGUGAAAUCCAGGGCAUUACCAGCAGCACCCGCCUGUCCUUGUCAUCCCAACAAGAUGCCAGCAGCGCACGAGGUGCUGCUGCACCUUCUCAGCACCCACCUGCUGCUGCAGCGGGCGGCGACAUCUGGAACGCGUUCUCGAUUGGCAGCGGACAACCGAUUGAGCGGACUCGUGGUGGAGUGAAAGAGUUCGUAUCCGGUAUCAGCUUCCCGCCUCCUGCCCCGGAGUCCCGCCGAUCCUGCCCUUACUGUCCCAUGACCUUCGAACGAGCAAGGCCUUGGAAUCCACGUGAGAACGCAACACAGCAGUGCAAACAUGCCAACGGCGUGCGGCUGCGGCGGAUGCUACGGAAGAAUCUCGAAGGGCGUGUCCUGCCGUGGGAAGAAGCUGGGCCUGGGCGUUGUUCGCACGUGAAGGUCGAUGAUGCGACAGGGGCGGCUUCGUUUGUCCUCCAGCGGAAGCGCUUUCUCGAUCUAGAUUUGGAAAGCGACGGCAUUAUGGACCGCGAAACUAAGGACACUCGUGGAGCUCCCAAGCGCAGGCGAUACGACUAUAGGUUCAAAGCCAAUGCUGAGGAGGAGGAGCGCACGCCUCUUCAGUACUCAGAGGACCGUCUCAAGGUUCACUACAGCAACAUCGUGAGGCGGGCCAAGGACGAGAAGGCCAUAGUCGCGGCGGCAGCAGACGAUGUGAAGAAGAGCCUCCUCGCCAAGCAAUGUUCGUUGAAGGUAUCGACCCCGUGGCUGACGAUCACGUUCCGGAAGCUCGUGCGAGAGAUGUAUCCCGGGGACCAACGGGCGGCGGCGUUCCGCGCAUCCUUCAGGUGGGCACGAGAAUGGGCCAAGAGGCACAACCUGUCCAAAAGACGUCGGACCAACCUCAAGAACAAGUUUGUUGAGGACCGCCUACCAAACGUAUCGGCGAUUACGACGGUCGCAGAGAGGGAGUCCAACGUUCCCAAGUAUGGCCAAUUCCAGCUCUGGGAGCGUUGGAAUGUGGAUCAAGUGCCUUUGGCUUUCGUAAACGGGCUGCUCGUUACGUGGGAGGAGCGAGGUGCGAAGCGUGUCGCCAUCUCACAGCCCUUUUCUGGCCUAGAGAAAAGGCCGUGCACCAUGCAAGUCAUCUUUGGUCCGGGUGAGACGACCUUGCGAAUUUCGGUGAUCUUCCGAGGCACGGGGAAGCGGAUCUCGCCGGUGGAGAAGGCCGCGUACCACAAGGAUGUGGACGUAUUUUUCCAGGAGAAUGCUUGGGGCGACCAAAAGUUCUGCAUGGAGUGGGCCAAGAGGUCCUAUCGCCAAGGCCUGAUGCGCGGGCGGGGAGGCGGACGAUUUAUCAAGGUGGAAGCUGGGAGGCAGAUGGACAUGUGGCUCGAGCAGUCGGACAACCUCGAGAGGUGGGAAACCGCGGCGUUGACAGCUUCUGAUCGGCAGGUACUGAUCACUCGUUGGAUUGGAGCGGCCUUGGCAAGACUCAACAGCCAACAGGCGUUCCGAUUCCGCGUUUUCGAAAAGUGCGGGAUGGCCAUGACUGUGGACGGCUCAGGCGAUGAUCGGAUCACCUUGGAGGGUAGCGAGGACGACAAAGGUUUGGAGAACGGCAGCGAUGAGCCUGAGGGGCGGGGGACACUGGUCGGUGCUGCUACAAUGGGAGACACUGGUUGCCAUUCAUCACACAAAAGGAGGCGCAGCUUUCUACGUCAACCCUCCCUGACUUCAGAGCAAAUAUCUCAGCCUCAAACUGUAUGGGCCGGAAAAUAA